GCCGUGGAGGCGGCCGUGGGCAGCCGUCGUCCCUCGGCGGCACGAAGGCGAAGAGCGGCGGCCGGGCGAUGACCCAGCGCCGGGAGGCGCGUCCCACCACGUCGCUGGAUGAGGAGCUGGAGGCGCUCGGGUGGUAUCACGACAAUCUUACUCGACAUGCAGCAGAAGCGCUGCUGCUUUCCAAUGGGCAGGAUGGAAGCUAUCUCUUGCGGAAGAGCAAUGAAAGGGAAGAUUUGUACUCCCUCUCUGUAAGGGGAAAAGAUUCUGUGAAACACUUCCAUGUUGAACAUACAGGAACUUCAUUCAAAUUUGGAUUUAAUGAAUUUUCUAGCUUGAAGGAAUUAGUCAUGCAUUUUGCAAAUCAGCCUCUGAUUGGAAGUGAAACAGAUUCCCUGCUCCUGCUCUUUUUCUCUCCAGGAACCUUAAUUGUAUUGAAGCAUCCCUACCCACGGGAAGUGGAAGAACCUUCCAUCUACGAGUCGGUGCGAGUUCACACGGCGAUGCAGACGGGAAGGACAGAAAGCGACCUUGUUCCAAACGCCCCCUCGCUUGGUACAAAAGAAGGAUAUUUGAUAAAACAAGGCAAAAUAGUCAAGAACUGGAAGACAAGGUGGUUUACACUGCAUAGGAAUGAACUUAAGUAUUUCAAAGAUCAGACAGCCACAGAACCGAUUCGGGCACUUGAUUUAACUGAAUGCUCAGCUGUGCAGUUUGACUAUUCCCAGGAAAGAGUCAAUUGUUUCUGUUUAGUGUUCCCACUGAGGACGUACUACCUGUGCGCGAAAACCGGAGUAGAAGCUGAUGAGUGGAUUAAAAUACUGCGCUGGAAACUGUCACAAAUCCGGAAGGAGUUGGCGCGCCGCAGUGCCACCCUCGAUCCCUAGCUGCACCUUCCACGCUGGUGCCAGGAGCUGCCUUUUCACCACAGCAAGGCACAACUUCCAAGAGGACGGCUGGGGUGUCUGCGUGGCUGGCAGGAUCAGGGCACUGGCAGACAGACCCACAUGUGGGGACUCGGCAGCCGUGGGCUCGUGCUGCAGAGGCGCCUGCAAACCAGAGCGUGCCCCUAACGCACUCUGUCCAGACACACCUCAACCAACCCCAGAAGUGGUCGCUGUUUAAAACCUCUGGGUUUGCCAGAGCACCCUCGGUAAUUUAUUGCAAGCUCCCUCACAACUAACCAUUACCAGCACAGCCUGUGACCCUGAGCCCGUUAUUUAAAACCAGUUCUUUCCAGAAACAUUAAAUAUUUCUUUUCUGUUACCUGUUUCGCCCCUAAACCAAAAUAUGAAUGACAGAGGAAAUUACAUCUUUGUGAACAAUGUGUCAUAACCUAGAGACUAUUUGAAGGCCCUUUCCAAGGUGGUGGGAGAGUAGCACUUAGUUGUGGCCAGGUAUGUUUUCCUAUGGUUCAGCUUCAUACUGCAGCCAUAGGUUUGUCUCCAGCAGCAAGGGCAGCAGCAGCGUUGUGGCACGGCUGCAGACCAACAGGGAUGAGGACAAACGGGCUGCUGCUUCCCACUAUAUGUAUGGCAGAGCUGCUCCAGGACCCAGAGGCUGUGUGGGGGAAACAGGGCUCUGCAGCUGACCCAGCUGUUGGACCUCCCUCCUCCUGGAGGAGUGGGGAAAGAGGGGGCACCAGAGUCAAGCGUCUGCUGAAACUACACAAACCUCCCCUGCCGCAGGAACAGGGCAGCCCAGGGCUUAGCAUCACUCACAGCAUAGCAGGGUUCAGUAGAUGCCUUUACUCUGAGGAGACUAAAGGAGAGAUGGGAAAACAGCAGAGGAAGGAAGAAAAUCUAGCUUUGGAGACAGGAAUAGCAUUUUAUUUCAACUUCAAAAUUUAAAAAAAGUAAUAUUUUUAUACAAACUCUUUUCUGAAUAAAAGUCAUUAUAAAACUA